AUGUCCACAGCUCCGUCGAAUCCACGCGAGGCGCAAGAGAAGCAUGACGCCGAGGCGAGCGUGAAGCGCAAUCCGCACGGCGACUUUGCAAAAGUGCAAGCCUCGCGCCCGGAUUGGGACGAGUCACGCACGUGGCGCUUCACCAAGACGCGGAAUCCAGAGUGGACGUAUGGUUCUGGUGCUGGGUCGGGAUCGAAGUCAAACGUGAACGGACCAUCAUCCACGUCCGAGAAACAACACAUCAGCAUCGACCCCUACGCGCCGGACAGACAACCGGUGCAGAACUACAAGCUGCUCAUCAGUGGCAUCAUCCCGCGACCCGUGGGCUUCCUAUCGACGCGGUCCAAGGACGGCCUCUCGACAAACCUAGCCCCCUUCUCGUACACGCAGCUGUUCAACCACGACCCGCCCAUCUUCUGUGUCGGCUUCUCCGGCGGUUUCGACAACGCCAAAGACUCGCUACGCAACCUGGUCGAGACGGGCGAGUGCGUGAUCAACAUCAUUAGCGAGGACUUUGUCGAGGCCGCCAACGCCUGCGCCAUCGAUCUGCCCUACGGCUUGUCCGAGUGGAGCGUGUCAGGCCUGACGCCCGCGAAUUGCGAGGUCGUCAAGUGCUCACGCAUCAAGGAGAGCGUGUUCAGCGUUGAGGGAAAGCUGCUCUCGACGCAGGAAUUCGAGUCCCGCUCCCCAAAGACCCCCGGGAAAAAGACCGGCGUGCUGGCCGUCAUUGAAGGAGUCAGGUUCUGGGUGAGAGAGGACGCGAUCAACGAGGACAGAACCCUCAUUGAUCCCGCCGUGCUGAGACCCGUGGCCAGGCUUGGAGGAAUCACCUAUGCGAGGGUGGUGGAUGGCUUUGAGCUUCCCAGGCCGGUCUUGAAGGAGGAGAGGGCAGAGUGCAAGCUAGGCGAAGAGCUUUUGAAGGAGAAGGUGGACGGGCAGUGA